GGGGGAGUAUUAAAAGACUGUAUGUCUUUCAGGUACUGUCUCAUUGUCAGCAGGAUAGUUUAAGGGUCAGUGUUAGGUUCCCCUCUUCCUCUGUAUAAGCUGUUAAGGAAAUAGUCUUUGUGUGGUGUCAUUUCAGUGUAUUAGAAGUAAAACAUGGAAAUGCGAGAGCAAACUGAAGAUCCUGAACCGAACAACAUCGAAAGUACUGAACCAGACCACAAGAAGUCAACAGAAAAGCCACAGCGCAUCACUGCCUGUCUGGUGAAUGCAGCGUUCUUUGGUGCCCUUGGGUCAUCUUAUCUCUAUGGCUACAACCUGUCUGUCGUCAACGCUCCUGCACUGUAUAUAAAGACAUUUUACAACCAGACAUGGAUGGAGCGCUACGGAGAACCCAUAGGAGCAGACAUGGUCACCAUGCUAUGGUCCAUCACAGUCUCCAUAUUUGCCAUAGGUGGCCUACUUGGAGCGCUCUGUGUCACGUUGCUCACGAAACUCAUUGGAAGGAAGGGCACCUUGCUCUUGAAUAAUGGCUUUGCAGUGAUAGCUGCUCUUUUGUUAGCCCUGGGGGAGAAGGCUCGAUCUUUCGAGAUGCUCAUCAUUGGUCGUUUCGUCAUGGGGGUGGACUCUGGUAUUGCUCUCAGCGCCCUGCCCAUGUAUCUGGGCGAGAUAUCCCCCAGACACAUGAGAGGCUCCAUUGGCCAAUUCAACUCCAUCCUCAUCUGUCUGGGGGUGUUCACUGGACAAGUCCUGGGACUUCCUGAACUUCUGGGCCAGGAGUCCAGAUGGAACUUCCUCUUUGCCUUCCUGGCCUUGCCUGCCUUGCUGCAGCUCUGUGUGCUGCCCUUCCUACCCGAAAGCCCGCGCUUCCUUCUGAUGGAGAGGAGGGAUGAGGCCGGUGCAGAGAAAGCCUUCAGGGCCUUCCUAGGCAAGAAGGACGUGUCCAAAGAGUUGGAGGAGGUGCACGCUGAGGGUCGGGCCCAGAACACCCUGCACAUGGCGUCUGUCACUGAGCUCCUGCUUAACCCCGCCUUGCGCUGGCAGGUCAUCACCGUCAUAGUCACCAUGGCCUGCUACCAGCUGUGUGGCCUGAAUGCCAUCUGGUACUACACCAAUGGGAUCUUGAGGGACUCGGGCUUUGCAGAGAAUGUGAUCCCAUACAUCGUCCUCAGCACAGGCGGAAUAGAAACGCUGGCUGCCAUUGUGUCAGGCCUUGUGAUUGAGCGCAUCGGCAGAAGACCCCUCCUCAUCUUCGGCUUCAGCGCCAUGGCCUUCUUCUUUGGCCUUCUCACUGUGUUUCUCAAUUUCCAGGACCAAUAUACAUGGAUGCCCUAUCUCAGUUUCACCUGUAUUUUGGCUGUAAUUGCCUCCUUCUGCUCCGGUCCAGGUGGCAUCCCCUUUGUACUGACCGGAGAGCUGUUUGAGCAGUCGUACCGACCCGCAGCCUUCAUGAUCGCAGGGAUCGUCAACUGGGUCGCCAACUUCGCAGUCGGACUUCUGUUCCCGUUCAUGCAAGAGUCCCUGCAGACCUAUGCCUUCCUGGUGUUCCUGGUGGUGUGUGUGCUGGGUGCUGUAUACCUCUACUUUAUUCUGCCCGAGACCAAAAACAAGACCUUUAUGGACAUCAGCCAGAGCUUUGCCAAAAUCAACAAGGUUCCGUUGGUUAAAAAGGAAAUUGAGAACGAACUUGCCAUCAAGUCUGGGUCAAAGGAAGUAGAAGAAAAUGGAAAAGUCAUCAUCGACGAUGAGAUAGAGAGUUCGUUUUGAAUCAAAGAAAAGCCACCAGGUGUCAGUUUACUGUUGUACAUACUGUAUUUUGAUUCACUGAAGUGAAAUAUAAUUUUUAAGAUACAUUUUUUCUGCUAGGUGAGUGUACGUUUUUUUUGUAUGCAAUAAUUUUCAGUAUAUUUUUAAAGCUCUUCUACCGAGAAAAAAAACAACAGGCAUUUGGCAAACAGUUAUUGCAAAUCUUUGGCUAAUUUACUGCAAAUUUGCAAAUUAGUUUUGAGGCAAACUUUUGCAGCGACUUGUGAACUUCUGUCUAACAAUUCUGGGAAACUUGUGGGAAUAUGCAAAUUAGAUCAGGUUUUUGGUUACUUUGUGUAUUAACUUUGAAUUGUUGUAUCUACAUAAACCAAAUCACACAUAACGUUUAAUGAACUAAACAUACUAAAUGUGCUAAAUACACUAAACCACAUGUAUUCGAUGUCUUAACAGAUAAAAAAAUACAUCCAAUACAAUUUGAAAUCCUCAGCAUGCUAAUGAAAAUAGCAAAGACGGAAUAUUUCCCAAAUAAAUUGUUUGCUUAAUCUCUCAUUUACAGGAGAGAGAUGUGGCUACCGCUUUACAUUCUAGCUCGGUAAUAAGAUGUAUUUACUCUGCAAUUAGCUAGUAAUUACCAUUAGUUAACAUAAAUAGUUGCCAUGUUGUUUCCCCCAAUCCUUUCCUGAUAUCCCAACCAGCCCAUGGUAGUUAUAUGGAAUCAGAGAAGAUCAUUUCUAUGUAAUUACACCGAAUCUGUGCUGGAAAAUGCAUCAUUACCUGUUUCUCUUCAUUUAAACCAUUACAUCCCUUCCCUAUAAUGAACAUAACAUAACAGUGACGUAUGUCGUUGUAAAGUGACACAAAAUUCCUGACAUGACAAACAAAGCCCAGUUCACAUUCAGAUUCGUUAUUGACAAAAAAGAUAUGCACAAGAUAUGACGGAUAUCACAAUUCAGUGACAUGUUAUAUUCGUAAAGAAUCAAUGGGUAUAUAUGAAUCAUUUAUAAGCCAAACCCUGGAUGUAGCAACUGCAGGUUGCCCCUUUGAUCAAGCUACUUUCUCCUUUCUAUGUGUAGGCUAUUUACAUUAAACCAUAACCUAUAAAAAUGUGAGGAUGACGUUGGGACCACCUCAAAUUAUUUCAGGAUAAAAUACGGUCAAUUAGGCUACUAGCUAUGUUAGCUAACCCUUUUCUUUCAUUUGUAGCUGUAGGUCUCAAGAAAUGGCAAUUACAGCUAAAAUAUACAUAUCUGUCGCUCUGUGAUGACAUCAGAUGUGUGCGUGCGCUCUCCACUCUCUCUCCACCAGUGGAGGCUGCUUAGGAGAGGACGGCUCAUUAUAAUGGCCGGAACGGCGUCAAUGGAGUGGCAUCAAACACAUGGAAACAAUGUGUUUGAUGUAUUUGAUACCAUUCCACUUAUUCUGCUCCAGCCGUUACCACAACCACGUCCUCCCCAAAUAAGGUGCCACCAACCUCCUGUGCUCUCCAGUGCAGUCUACUUGCUGAGAAGAGGUUGCUAAGUUAGCCAACUACGAGUCCAUUAUAUAGUGUAGCAGAUUAAUAUUUAGCAUUUAUGUACAUUUCUUAAAUAUUUUCCUUAUGUUGUUGUGAUAUUAGCAAACUAGAGGUUAUUAGAUAGUAUUGUAUGAAAAUAGUUUUAUACCUACUGUCAGACACAAUUCUAGGUUGACUAGCUAUUUCGAUACCUAUCUAGGCUAGAUCUAUGGGCUAGCAAUAAAUAUUUGCUUAACAAGUCACGUAAUAAGUUGUAUGGACUCACUCUGUGUGCAAUAAUAGUGUUUAAAAAACAUGAGCUGGCGCACACCCAGAGUUUUUGUUUUGUUUGGAGGUGUGUACUAAUGGCAAAUAAACGAUUAAAACAGAGUCACACACUCCA